AUGUGGACUAUCCUGAUCUCAGCCAUAAAUGUAGGCGGAAAAGCUAUUUCUGGAACUGGAAUUAAUGCAAUUCUCGACACUGGGACUUCACUGCUUGUUGGAAGCUUUAAUAUUGUGAACGAAAUUAAUGAGAAUAUUGGAGUAGUUGCUGACGAUUGCUCAAAUAUAAGUAAACUUCCAACAGUAAAUAUUGUUCUUGGAGGAGUUACUUAG